GGAUGGCGCAGUUCGGUAAGAAAAUUCUCACUCAAGGGUUUGAAAGUUUUUAACAUGCUUUGUGAAUAUAAAUGGCUAAAUAAGUAAAGGUAAAUUGCCCAGAAUGUUUCCAGACGAGGUCUUUAAACACAACGUGGCGUUUUAUGUAACGUGUGUGGCGUCAACUGUUCAGGCCUCAGGCUGCCAUGAUAACUCCUACUGAAUGGAAGCAACAGCCAUAGUGACAGAGAAUAGCCCCAUUGGUUACCAUGGCUCCCAGCAGCAAUCCAUCUCAGUUUGUGCGGACUGAAGGGAAUAAAAAAAAGUACUCUGAUGCACCCUCUUCUUUGGAAAUUGUGGCAGCAGAGCCGCUGGUCCGAGGCCUGAGGAAACUCCCCGAAGAUGUCGACUGGUCCUACUCAGGGGCCCUGAACCAGCACAACUGGGGAAAGAAGUACCCGCCCUGUAACAGUGCCCGGCAAUCUCCUGUGGACAUCGACGAGAUGUUUACCCAGGUCCGGCUGCAGUACCAGAAUCUACAGCUAGAAGGCUGGGACAAACUCACCGCAGAGUCCAGCACCAUCCACAACAACGGGAAGGCUGUCUCCCUCCGUGUGGAAGGGGAGUUCUUCGUUAGUGGAGGAGGGCUGAGCUCCAGGUUCCGUGUUGCUACAAUCACCUUCCACUGGGGGCACUGCAAUGCCACAUCAGAUGGGUCUGAACACAGCCUGAAUGGGAUGAAGUACCCUCUGGAGAUGCAGAUCUAUUGUUACGAUCCAGAUGACUUCCAAAGUCUGGAGGACGCUAUUAGAGAAGGAGGGAGGAUCGCUGCCUUGGCAGUGCUCUUCGAGGUCUGCUUGGAAGACAACGAGAACUUCCGUCCUGUAAUAGAGGCUGUCAACACUGUCAGCCGGUUUGGUAAGAGCGGGUCGAUGGAAGCUUUCACCAUGCGGUCCUUGCUGCCAAAUAACACAGAUAAAUAUUACAUCUACAAUGGCUCCCUAACUACACCUCCCUGCUCUGAAACGGUGGAGUGGAUUGUCUUUAAACACACUGUGGCCAUAUCAGAAACACAGUUGGAGGUGUUUUGUGAGGUGAUGACCAUGCAGCAGGCUGGAUAUGUGAUACUGACGGAUUACCUGCAGAGCAACUUCAGGGAGCAGCAGCAGCAGUUCAUGGGUCAGGUGUUUGCCUCAUACACCGGAGUGGAGGAAGUGCUCACACCCACUUGCAGCUCGGAGCCAGAGAACAUUCAGGCCGACGCCCAGAACAACACAACCAUCAUGGUGAUGUGGGAGCGUCCCCGCGUGGUUUAUGACACAACCAUCGAUUGGUACACCGUCACAUACCAGAGGCUACAGGGCCGAGACCAGAGCAAGCAGGAGUACAGGACAGACGGGGACCAGGACGUGGGUGCCAUCAUCCCUAACCUGCUGGCCAACAGCAGCUAUGUGGUUCAGGUGGUUGCUAUUUGCACCAAUGGACUCAGAGGACGAUGGAGUGACCAGAUUAUAGUGGAUAUGCCGUUAGAUGACCCUGAAAGUGAUUCUGAUCCUGACGCCGUCACAAAGGAUUUGGAAGGCCUCAGGGAGGUCUCAUCUAAAGCCAAAUCGGAGAAGCCAGAGAACCAGAAUCAGGGGGAUUUGUCUCCAGAGGACCACAGCCCUGUUGAGGAGAUCCCAGUGGAGCAGACCAGAGUUUACCAGAACCAGCCUUCCCACCACCAGAACCUCCCGUUCCAGGUCAGCUCCCCAAAGACUCCCUAUGAGUCCGCCGUUCUACAGAAACCUCAAUCCAACCAGAAUGGGAAAAAGAAGCCAGACCAGAACGGGUCUAGUCCCGAUGAUAUGGAUCAGAACUGGAUUUACGAGGAUAGUGAUCCAACGCACGGGCCGCUCAAUAACGCCGGUUUUGACAGCAAUGGUGCAAUAUGGGUCACUGAGGUAACCGAGCAGCCGGGGUUCUUGUUUCCAGUAGCUCGGACAAACACGCUGCCGGCGGUUCGCCGACAAAUCACAGAAGAGGCCUCAUUGUCAGUGUUGCCACAUCAGUCAAGGGAUCCCAGUACACAAGACCAAGCUGGAGAAAGUGGCCUCCCUUCUCCCCAAACGGACGUCUACACCCCUCCUGUGGAGGACGUCCAAGUCACAGAUAUCUUCUAUGAAGACACAGUCAACAGCUCUCCACUAGAAAGCAACACCUCAGCUGCAACAGUGUCUUCUUCUUCUUCUGCUGCUGCUGUGUUGCCAGGUAAUAAAGUGGACAAAGUCUCCCUGCUGUCCUCUGAAGACAGCGACGCACCUGUGAGCAAACCUCUACCAGAAAAAACCACCUCCGAUUCUUCCAGCCCGCCCCCCCUCUGGAUCACGGCGAGGGCGGCCACCCCCAGCAACACGCUGGCUGAGUCCGUCUACAAAUCAUUCACCACCUCCUCUCUCCUCAGGGCACUGAUGCAUACGACCCAGCCCAUGUUCAACGAGGGAAGCAACAGCAGCCACGAAUCUUGGGUCGGGCUGGUCGCAGGUCUGGAGAGGGAGAAGAGGACAGUUGUUCCUCUGGCUGUCGUCUCUACUCUCACCAUCCUCUGUCUGCUGGUGCUGGUGGGCAUACUGGUCUACUGGAGAAACUGUUUCCAGGUGGCUAAUUUCUACCCAGAUGACAGUGCGUCACCUAAAGUUAUAUCAGCUCCAUCUACACCCCUGCUGCUGGCCACUGACGGUCACGAGCCGCUGUCGGUGAAACAGUUUGUGAAGCAUGUCAUGGAGCUGCACACCACCAAUACUUUCUCCAAGGAGUUUGAGAUUGUCAAAGAAUCCUAUGAGGAAGUGCAAGCGUGCACAGUGGAGAUCGGCAUCACUGCAGACAGCUCCAAUCACCCCGACAACAAAAGCAAGAACAGAUACAUUAACAUACUGGCCUAUGACCACAGUCGAGUCAAACUGUCCAACAGUUUGGACAGAGAUGGGAAAUGUGGAGACUACAUCAACGCUAACUUUGUAGACGGUUAUGAGCGAACGAGGGCGUACAUCGCGGCUCAAGGGCCUCUCCGAGCGGGCCGGGAAGACUUCUGGAGGAUGAUCUGGCAGCAGAAUGUUGGAGUUAUUGUCAUGAUCACCAACCUCAAGGAAAAAGGACGGACAAAAUGUGACCAGUACUGGCCGGAGGAGAACCAGGAAGAAUACGGCCCGUACCAGGUGACCCUGAAAAGCAGCAAGACCCUCGCUUACUACACACUGCGGACGUUCACUGUCAGAGAUACCACAAAUAAGGUAUGUUUUCAGAGGAGAGUUUGAACACACCGUCUCCAUUACCACUACACCCAGUGGCCAGACAUGGGCGUCCCAGAAUACACUCUGCCAGCGUCCUAUCAGAGGAUCUCCCAAGCGCGGGCACAGGAGAUGGGACCCGUACUGGUACACUGCAGUGCCGGUGUAGGAAGGACCGGAACCUACAUAGUGAUAGACAGCAUGCUGCAGCAGAUCCAGGAUCAGGGUACGGUUAACGUUCUUGGUUUCCUGAAACAUGUCCGAACGCAGAGGAACUUCCUGGUUCAGACGGAGGAGCAGUACGUGUUCAUCCAUGACACUCUGGUGGAGGCCAUCUUGAGCCGUGGCACCUCGGUGACCUCUGACCUUCUCCACACUUAUGUGUCUGACCUUCUAACCCCCGGGGCGUUAGGCAGGACGCGCAUGGACAAACAGUUUAAGUUGAUCAGUCAGCGUCAGGCCAAGCACGCAGACUACAGCACCGCCCUGAGAGACGGCAACGCUGAGAGGAACAGAGCCAGAGCUCUGAUGCCUGUGGAAAGAUCACGAGUGUGUCUGACUGCUUCCAAAUCCAACUCCACUGGGUACAUCAACGCCUCCUACGUCAUGGGACAUCACCACAGUAAGGAGUUCAUAGUGAGCCAGACUCCUCUGAGCAGCACGGUGGCAGAUUUCUGGAGAAUGAUCUGGGAACACGGCGCACACACUGUUGUCUGUCUGCCAGACACACACUCUCAGAGUGAACAGGGGGAGUCUUGUGUUUACUGGCCCAGUAAAGACCAGCCAAUGAGCUUUGAGGGUUUCACUGUGUCGUACUCGGGGGAGGAGCAUGUGUGUCUGUCCAAUGACGAAAGACUUUUGGUGCAGGACUUUACAGUGGACUCCCCAGAGAACAAUUAUGUGUUGGAGGUGCGUCAGUACAGCGCCGCCUGCUGGCCCAACCCAGACAGUCCCAUUAGGAACUGUUUUGAUCUGGUCAGCACAGUCAGAGAGCACAGCAGACAUUCAGACAGACCCACAAUCAUACACGAUCCGCUGGGCGGUGCUACAUCAGGGCUGUUCUGUGCCCUAACCACCUUGUCCAGUCAGCUAGAGGAGGAGGGAGCUGUAGACGUCUACCAGGUGGCACGGAUGACCAACCUCAUGAGGCCUGGUGUUUUCAAUGAUUUAGAGCAGUACCAGUAUCUGUAUCGAGCUGUGCUGAGUGUGGUGAGCAGCCAGGAAGACCAGAGAGCCCUGCAGAGUCCAGAAACCAACGGAUCAGUACCACUGGGACAGACAAACAUCGCUGAGAGCCUGGAGUCACUCAUGUAGACACAGGCACAAACAACACACAAACAUGCCACAUACACAAAAAUAUGCAUCACACACACACCCACACAGUCUGAGUGCUGUGGCGACUGAGGUUUAGUCUGACAUGAGAUGAGAGGAUAAACACCAUCAUUUCUGUGUCUGUGGUUCAUAGCUGGGUCCGCUGAGCAUGUGGCAGGUUUAGACAGGUCAUUAAAAGUGAUGACCUUUACUUACUGUGUCACACUGUCAGCGUUAGCAUGCACAGCAGACUGAGCUACAGAUUCCACCAGACACAGAGCCUAUUCCUGAUGUUUAACCCUCAUGUCAGACCCAGUGACCAUCCGGCCAUGAUGUAAAUCAUCCCUUAAAAGGGCAAAGGUACCACUUUCUAAUAAGGCACUGCUUAUAAAGGAUUUCAUUUUAGUUGUAAUUGGUGAAUACAUGAUGUACUCAUGCUUCUUAGAUCAGCUAUAUGUAUUUCAAUAAACAAUGUUUGUGUUGCCAGGUUGUUAAACUCCCUUUGACUGGUCAGAUAGUUCUUUCUGGAAAAGGGCUUUGGAUGAUAAGGACCAAAGUCCAUUUAGUCAAAUUUCUCAUAUCCACUACCACCACUUGAUCACAAAUGAAGCUCUGCAUUCACACUGAAUCUCUCGCGGCGGUACGGGUGUGUUUAUUUGUGCUUUGAAAUGCUGUGAAACAAUUUUAAAAAAACAAAAAACGUUUCAUUCCUCUGAUUCACUGCUUCGUGCGACGCUCCCUCUCUUCAUUCAUUCUCUAGCUCGACCACAGCUGCUCUCUCUCUCUGGCUUAUUUAGCCAGGGAGGAGAGGCCAACUGUGAACGCUGUUUACAAACAGUAAAGCACGCAGGCCGUGGUUUUGUUCCAUCCCUCGCCAAAUCUACCACACAGGGAGCAUCUCAGAAGCGGAGCGUCUUGCGCAGACACGGAUGGUAGAAUUAAGGGGUACGCAAUACCUCCUACAUAUUGUAACUUUAAUGAAUUACUAAAAUGUACAGUACCAGUCAAACGUUUGUCAAAAUGUUUCAAUUUGGACUGGUACUGUAUAACCGCACUUUUGCUGAGUAGAAAGGACAAACACAAUCCAAUGGGAUUUUUGCCAACCCGAUAACUAAUCUAUAAAAAAAAGCAAAGGAUUUAUCAACCAUUAAUAAAGCAAUUAGUUACUAUUUCUUUGUAAAAGGUUCAUUAUUAGAAAGUUGUACCAAAAAAGCUUCACUGCCUUUCCAAGAAGAACCACCACACUUUCCAACUGUGUAUCUGUUGCUGGUCAGCAUGGAGCCUGAAGCUGCAGAGAGCAGAGGCCAAACACCGUGAACAAAUGUGAGAAAAAAAAACAUGACGAAGAAUUUCUACCUAAAAUGAAUUUCUCUUUUCAUUGGAAAUAUAUUUUUUCUUAAUGAUGAAAGGAGUCAGCUGUUUAAUUCCAACAACAGACCUACCUUAAAAUUCUUAACUUGUCUAUUUUAGUCUUUGGUUAACAUGUAUUUCUUUUUUUGGGGGGGUCUCUUUGCUUUUUUAAUCACUCCGUCUUCUAAAAGACAGAAUUAACUAUGAAAAAGAAUUUAAAUUGAUAAACUGGCAAAACAAACUUUAUAUAUUAGAUGCAUAUGAUAGUAGAACAAGAUGACUUCAAUGGUAAAAAAGGGAAAUGAUGAAUUCUCCUAAACUUUUGUUUUCCCAAACAUUAACUAGCAGAUUCUGGGGCUCAAACUACCACGUGUCCUUAAUAAGAGGAAUAUUUUGAAUAACCAAAAUCUCUUAAGGCCUCACUAGUGACACUUAAUUGACUGCUGUUGAAUUUCUCUGUUCAUGUCUUGUUGCCACUGGCUCCAUGGUCUCUGGUUCCCCGUGCCUUUUGUAAUUCAUGUUAUUGUACUUUAAACCUGCUUUGAUACAAAACUGUGUGACUAAUAUGCCAAAAUAAUGAGCUGUGAUUUUGUUUUUUGUUUUGUUUUUCUCAUGCGGAGUGGGGAAACAUGCCAUUGGAUGUUUUGUAAAAGAUGCAAUCCACACAAAAUCUUUUUGAGUAUCAUCACAGACAGUCCCUGUGAACCUGAUAAGUCAUGAACCAGCAAUUAUUAGAAUCGGCUGAAGGAAAUCCAUUUAGCUGAGACAGUUGCCAUAUUUUUGCAAACAUUUAGUGUCGAGACAAACCAAUGGAAAGAAACUAAAAAUACCGAUAGUCUGUUAAACCUUAGACUGCACAGACUGAAAAUGAAAUUCAGAAGCUGAGACUUCCUGAGCAUCCCUGGGCCACUAGCUAUGACUGUUUUACAUUGUGAACAAUCAACCUCUCAAUCACUUUCAAACAAUGCUGCCGCUUCUAUCUGUGCCUGUUUUGCGUCCACUCCGUACCAUUUGUUUAGCUCAUGCGGGGAAGCAAAAUGGCACAAAUCAUAGAGGCUGCUGUUACUGAGCCAGACAGCCAUUCAAACCAGGUCUAGCCAUAAUGUCGGAACUCUUUGUGUAAAUAUCCCAAAAUACAUCAUAAGGCCAAAUGAUGUAUGUUUAUAAUGUAUCUCUAUAUAUUUUCUAUUUUACUAUAUAAAAGAAGUGAUUUUCUAGUCAUUUACACAUAUACAGUAUAACUGUGUUGAUUUGUUUUGAUCAAUUUAGCCUGGAUAUAUUGAUUAUGUUCAUAGUUUUAAUGGAAUGUUAUCUCUUUUUAUCUUUAUGAUUUAAGUAGCAGCUUAAUGUCUAUAUCUUUAUCUCCAGCCAUAAACUGGUGCAGUAUGUAAAUAGCAACAGGUUGAAGAAACACGAUUUAAGAUUUGUUUCCAAACUUGUUUAUGAUUUUAAACUUCUUUCUUUUUCCAGGAGGGGAAAAAA